CUUCGGCCGCCGGGGGGCGCCAUUGCGCGCUCUGCCCCGCGUUGCUGCGGCCAUGCGGCUGCCGCGCGCCGCCGCCUGCUUGCUGCUGCCGCCGCCGCGCGCCGGGGCCGCGCGCGCCACGGGGCCGCUGGAAAAUGAAACAAAAGGGAAACUCCAAAAGCAGAUUUGUCAAGUUGUUCUGGAUCAUUUUGAGAAGCAGUACACAGUGGAACUGGGAGAUACGUGGGCCAGUGUCAGAGAUGUACUCACAUACCCGUUGUGCUGGCAGUAUGCUGUCCUGCUUAAUAAGUUCAGCCAGUCUGCUGAACUGGAGAACACCUUGCAUGUGAAGGGAUAUCAUCCAGCCUUUCAAGGACCUUUACCCUAUCGUCCUGCAUCAUUGAACUGUUACAUCAGGAGAACUCCUGGGAGAUUCCCUGCACAAAAACACCAGGCUGGAAAACUGAAAGAGUAUUAUCUGCUGAAUGCUGCUUCACUGCUGCCAGUGCUGGCAUUAGAAGUGAAAGAUGGAGAAGACGUUUUGGAUCUCUGUGCUGCACCAGGGGGUAAAUCAGUAGCUAUGCUGCAGUGUGCCUAUCCAGGUCAAUUUCACUGUAAUGAAUAUGAUGAUUUGAGAUCAAGGUGGUUGAACCAGACAAUAGAAUCCUUCAUCCCGGAUCCUUUGAUUAACUUAAUAACAGUCUCUAAACUUGAUGGUAGACAGAUUGGAGAUCUUAAGCCUGAACUGUAUGACAAGGUACUGGUUGAUGCUCCUUGUUCAAAUGACAGAAGUUGGCUGUUCUCUUCUGAUAUUCAUCAAGCUAUGCUUAGGCUAACACAAAGGAAGGAGUUAUGUUCUCUACAGUUCCAUCUGCUAAGGUCUGCUAUUAAAGCAUUGCGUCCUGGUGGAUCGUUGGUCUAUUCUACAUGCACUCUCUCAAAGGCAGAAAACAGCGAUGUAAUAAAUCGCAUUCUAAACUCUUGCAGUAAUGUCAUGCCUGUAGACAUAAGUGAAAUGGCCAAAGCUGUUUCUCAGGAAUUCACUUUUUUCAGUGGUACACAACAGCAUGAACUUCUGGUUCUUCCAGAGAAAGGGAGAGCAUGGGGUCCGAUGUACGUGGCUAAAUUAAAGAAAAUGUAAUCCAACUGAUGCUUGUUAGUUUUUUAUAAGGGUUAUGUUAUAAAUUUAAUAUUUAUUUCUAAUAUAGUAUGUAUAUAUGAACAUGUGCAAGGCAACCGAAUUUAGAGCAUUGCAGUUUUAUAUCAGGUGCUGCCUAAUAAAAAGGAAGCUAGACACUUAGUUUAGCUUAAAAUACAGAAUAUGUCUUCUGAAAAGGGCUUGUGGGCUUCUGUGAAGUCCUUAUGAAGUCAAGAGAGCUUUGUAUUUUUUCAAGGUGACCUCCUAAGUUGAUUUUUAUCCUAGAAUUAGAGGCUUGUAUGUUAUUUUUUGCACUAUUUUUUUUUAAUUAAUAAUUUGGUUUUAAUAAAGCAUAGUUGAAAAUAAAUGGUCUGAAUGGUGUAUACUUCUGAAGUCAUGAAAAGCCUGCAUUCUUUCUCAAACACAGUUAGAAAUCUGUUUUCCUGUAAGAACUGAUUUGUAUGCAUAGUCUGUCAUCUGAUGUGCUGACUUUUCCAAGCGGUUGCAAAACAGGUUUCAUAUUUGCUGGUUAAAAUCUGUCUCUUGUUUACAGUCACAAAGGUCAGCAGGUAUAUCUACACUAGCUUUUUCUAUAUAUUUUUAUAAUUUUGAGCUUAUAAAAAAUACAAAUUGAAAGAGUAAAUUAUGUUGAAAUGUCCUUAAAAAAGUAAAUUUGGAUGUGUUACUGCAUAAUGCAAUAUACCCAGCAGGCUCUAGCACACAUAUUUGAAACAGAAGUGGAAUGAUUAAUAACUAUGAUAAUGGCACAGUAUUUAGGGAGUUUUGUUGCGUAAUUACAGUCAUGAUGAGCAAAUCAGACAAUCUGGGGAAGUGGCUUAUCUAAUGAGUUAAGAAAUGUUAUCUGAGUUUGCGAUGUCACGUCUGUGAUGUGUAAGGAAACAGUCCCAAUAAGAACACGUACUGAUGUUGUUUGUAUGUUCCCUUGAUUCUGCACAUGAUACUAUGGACAAAUGUAUAGACAUACGCUUGUCUUGCAGUAGAAUGGAGCCCUUUCAUCCCUUUCUGAGCAAAGAGUCCUUUCCCUUAUUGAAGCUUAUAAUAAUUAUUUUUAAGGAAUGGUGUUUUAAAGAACAGACUUCUUUUUUCCGGUAGAUGAGCUGCUGAUGUGGAAGUGUGUGUGUGUGAGAUUGUGUACAAUUAUACAUUGCAUAGGUUUUGUGUGUACAUCUGUGUAUAUAUGUAAGUUCUAAAUUUUUUGCAAUUGCAGACAUGACUUGUUAAUGCAGAUUUGAUUUUUUUCAUUAAUACAAAAGAAAAUCAACUUGGAAACACGAGAAGAACUACCAAAUUGGUGAUUCUGCACAUCACUAACAAAGGCUGGAAUUAAAUUGAUUGCAGGAGCUCUUCCGAAAGGGCCUCAUGUAAGCACGCUGGAAAUGCAGUAGUUCUACAUUAGAUUCUCUGGUGAUUCGGUUGCUGUGAGCUCACAAACACUUGUUUCAACUGUGACUGAACUGUGUUUUGUGUCUGAAAAAUUCAGUUGACUUUUUCCUGCCUUUAUUCUCUGCUCAUCUUGUUACCCUGCAUUCACAUCAGUUCUCUGUUGGUACAUCCAUGGUCAUGAAGCACUCAACUUUUUUCUCUGCUCGAGCAUUGUGGCUGCUGGGAAGGUCCUGCCCAUAGUAUGUAGAGCGGUGAGAAGGCAGUGUUUAGGAGCACAGCACUUGAACUGAAGAAAAUCUUAGUUGCCUAAAAGUGGAUGCUGAUUGUGAGCAGUGGCUUUUGUUCUUCAGUCUUCCGUGACUAAAAGGAAUUGGAGAAUCAUUAAGGUUGGAAAAGACCUCUAAGAUCAUCAACUCCAAGCAUCAGCCUAACACCACCAUGCCUACUAAAACAUGCCAUGAAGUGCCAUGUCUACAUGUUUUUCUGACACCUCCUGGGAUGGAGGAUGGGUCGGGCAGUUUGCCCUCAUAGUAGUAUCUUGCUGUUGCACCUUUUGCUGAAGGAAAUGCAUGUAUAAGGUACUCUGCCCCUUUGGUGCAUGAGCUUCCAUAGUUAUCCUUUCCCCUGCUUUGUGAUGAAAAAUGUUUGGCGUGUGCCUGUAGUAUUAAAUUGUCAGCAAUGUCUCUGAAAAGGGAAUAUAAAGCAUAUGCAACUUGAGGCACAGAAG